AUGGCGGUGCGGAGCCGGGGCGCCCGGCGGCUGCUGCUGCUGCUGCUCCUGGCCGGCUCCGCCGCCAGCCCGGCGGACGAGGGCGGCGGAGGGCGGCGGGAGGCGGGCGGCGGGGAGGAGGGCGACGAGGCGGCGCCCCACGACUCCUCGUACGGCACCUUCGCCAGCGAGUUCUACGACCUGCGCUACCUCUCCGAGGAGGGUUACCCUUUCCCUACUGCACCUCCUGUGGAUCCAUUUGCAAAAAUCAGAGUGGAUGACUGUGGAAAAACUAAGGGAUGCUUCAGGUAUGGUAAACCUGGAUGUAAUGCAGAGACCUGUGACUACUUCCUGAGUUACCGUAGGAUAGGAGCUGAUGUUGAAUUUGAGUUGAGUGCUGAUACCGAUGGCUGGGUGGCAGUGGGAUUUUCUUCAGACAAGAAAAUGGGAGGAGAUGAUGUCAUGGCUUGUGUUCAUGAUGAUAACGGAAGAGUCCGAAUACAGCACUUCUAUAAUGUUGGUCAGUGGGCUAAGGAAAUCCAGAGAAAUCCUGCCAGAGAUGAAGAAGGGGUUUUUGAAAACAAUCGUGUAACUUGUCGAUUCAAGCGUCCCGUGUAUGUUCCCCGAGAGGAAACGAUCGUAGAUCUGCACUUGAGUUGGUACUAUCUGUUUGCGUGGGGUCCAGCAAUUCAGGGUUCUAUAACUCGUCAUGAUAUAGACUCACCACCUGUAUCAGAGCGUGUGGUCAGUAUUUACAAGUAUGAAGAUAUUUUCAUGCCAUCAGCUGCCUAUCAGACCUUCUCUUCUCCAUUCUGCUUGCUCCUCAUUGUUGCACUGACCUUCUAUUUAUUGAUGGGAACCCCGUGACCUCUGGAAAGUAGCAAGAAUUUGUCAGUGGAAGUUUCUCAGGAUGGACGGAUACACGGAUGGAUGAUGCGUUUUUCUAUUGGGAUUUAUAUCACACCACCAUCAUCAUCUCACUGCUUUUGAACAUAGUUAGCUCUUCAGAAGAAUGAAGUAACCAUUUCUGAGCAGCAGAGUGGUGACAAAUCAUUUAACAGUAAUCAGUGAACAAGUAGGAAGAAUAUUUUCAGUGUUGUGACUACUCGCUUAAAGAAGAGAAGACUUUUGUAAAAUCAAUGUGUGUGUGUGCACGCGUGUGUGUAUGUGUGUUCGGGAGAGGUGUCUGUAUGUGUGUUUAGGAGAGCCUAGUGAUGGACAUCUUAUCAAAUAACAAAAUUGCCUUCCAUAUUGCUCCCAGAAAGCAAAUUUGGGAAAACAUUAUAAUGCUGUUUGGUAAUUCUGGUGCAGACAGAACAACUGCCAGGUGCAGUUUCUGAACUUAAGAUCAGAAUACUGACACUGCGGUUUAAAACCUAACCUUCAAUAAUCCCAUUUUUUAAUUUUUUUUUUUUUAAUAUUUAUCAAGGUUUUCUUGCUCUGGUACUUUCCAAGACUAAACUUGCAUAAUCAAGCAUGAACAGGAUUUUUCUUCAAUAGAGAAGAAGUGAUGAAUGUCUUUAUAACAACAGUGUUUCAACAACCUCCCUGAAAAUAAAGGCUACUUCUUUU